AUGGCUGCCAUUGUUUUCCUCCACAUUGCAUCAUUGGCCUCUCUUUUUGUUGCUACAAGUGCAAGAAUCCCUGGAGCAUACACCGGUGGCCCCUGGCAGAGUGCUCAUGCCACUUUCUAUGGUGGCAGUGAUGCCUCUGGAACAAUGGGUGGUGCUUGUGGGUACGGGAACCUGUACAGCCAAGGGUACGGCGUGAACACGGCGGCGCUGAGCACAGCACUGUUCAACAACGGCUUAAGCUGCGGCGCGUGCUUCGAGAUCAAGUGUGAUCAGGAUCCGCGGUGGUGCAACCCCGGCAACCCUUCGAUCUUGAUCACCGCCACCAAUUUCUGCCCUCCCAACUUCGCUCUUCCCAAUGACAAUGGCGGCUGGUGCAACCCUCCUCGCCCCCACUUCGACCUCGCCAUGCCAAUGUUCCUCAAGAUCGCCCAGUACCGCGCCGGAAUCGUCCCCGUCGCCUACCGCCGGGUGGCAUGCAGAAAGACAGGGGGCAUCAGAUUCACAAUCAACGGUUUCCGUUACUUCAACCUGGUGCUGAUCACCAACGUGGCGGGUGCAGGGGAUAUCGUGCGCGUGAGUGUGAAGGGAAGCAAAACCGCGUGGAUGAGCAUGAGCCGCAACUGGGGGCAAAAUUGGCAAUCCAACGCUGUUUUGGUGGGCCAGGCCCUCUCCUUUAGGGUUACCGGCAGUGACCGUCGCACCUCAACGUCCUGGAACGUGGCACCACCUAAUUGGCAGUUCGGACAAACCUUCACCGGAAAGAAUUUCCGUGUCUGA